CCACUUUAGGAAAUUAGGAUUGAUAUAUUUCAGCUGGUUGCUUUGUGUGGCUGACGGUGAAGAUGGAGGUAUCUAGGUAGCUGUGUCGUUUUCCGACAAGCUCUGCCGUGAUUUGGUUCAGAUGCUGAGGUUACGGGAUUGGAGGAACAAGGUUUCUGGUAGGUGUCUUUUGGCACAGCAUCAUCGUGCAUCCUGGCCUUCUUGGGUGGCGGGAUGCAUCUCUGAUCUGUUCCAGGCGCAUGGCUCCGAUCUGUUUCUUUCUCGUGAUGAAGGAUGGUGACUGGUGACGUGCUAUAAUUUGGAGAAGAUGAUGCCAUGCUGGUGCAAAGUUCUGGUGGGUUGCGUCUCCGACGAGACUUCACGCCUGGCUCGCGGUGUGAUCUCGUUUUGCUGGUUCGUCCUGGCUCGCGAUUUGCGUCUUCCAGAUGCAGGAAUGGAGUUGAACCCCACCGAGAUUCAUGGGUUGCGCCGAUCUGCGCUGUUCAUGGGUUGCAUCGAGGGUGCUAUGUUGGCGAUUCAGGGAUGGGUUGGAGUGGAGGAGAUGCUUCGUUGGCGGCUGUAAGUGGAGGAGGCAGUGUUUGAUUGCUCAGAUUCAUGAGUGAUGGAUGACAGAUGGCAUGUUUUGAUUAAACAGAUUUGAAAGUAUAGUAUAUUGUCACAUGACAUUAUUUUGAUUGGACUAAUUGUUAGUAAUAAGAGGGGUGAAGAUAGAAAAAUAAGGACAUAGAACUACGUUUUCAGAGACCCAUUUUAAAAAGGUGUAUAAAAAAUUUAGGGUGUUGCUCCCUUCACCACCGUAUAUUUCCUCCACCUCUCCACAUUAUUUUAAAUAUAAUUAUAUCUUUAAGUUAAAAAGAUUUUUACUUUUGUCCUAUUUUAAAUAAUUUGAAAUCCUAAUUUUACUUUCCCACCACCCACCACUCACCCCAAGGAACUCUCUUCUCCUUUUCCCAUUUCCGUUUCACCUCCCCACCUCCUGCGCUUCAAUUCGUUUUUCUUUCCAGUUUCCUUUUGGUUUGAAAGCUUCCAUUGCCACCGUGUGUAAAGGAGCGUCGCCACCGUGGUGUGGAGGAGCGCCCAGACAUCGACCCGCGUGAGGAGAGGAGUUUUUUGCCGUUUUCGUUUCUUUCAGUUCUCGAGGAGAGAGUUCGUCGCAGGGCGAAGCUCGGAGAAGACCUACCGUUUUUGCUCGUAGAGGUCGUGCAGCUCUUAUCUAGGAUGACCCCAUAACUGAGGAGCGAGCCGUUGAGGAACAAACAUAUGAGGCGUAUGAGACUCAUGGUGAGGAGCAUGCAUUUGAGGCCCCUAACGACGAGGACGAUGAGGAGGAGCAUGCAAAUGUUCAUGACAUACAAGAGGAUGUCGGUGGAUUUCCUGGAGGUCCACGUGAUGAUUCAUUGCUGACGCACUAUGUUCAACAUGUAGCUUAUGCUAUUUCACAAGGCCGGGUGAGUGCAAAAAUAAAAUUUAUUUUAUUAUUUUUUUAAUAGAAAUUUUAUUAAAUAUUGAUGUGUAGGAUCGAGGGGACACACUGAAGUUGAUCUCCCACGGAAAAAAAAUAAAUAAGUUAGGACCAUGCCACGAGGAAAUUCAACACAUGAUGUUGAAUUCUAGUUUGAUGUCUCUCACAGGGAUUUGUUAUGAUUACGUUGAUAAGGGGUUACUCCUCGGAUUCAUAGAAAGGUGGCAUUUCGAGACUAAUAGUUUUCAUCUCCCUAUAGGGGAGAUGUCGAUUACUCUUGAUGACGUCUCGACAUUACUUCACCUGCCCGUGAUGGGACAAAUGUGUGAUUUGAAAGAGUUGGAGUUUGAGGAGGCUCGUACAGCCCUUGUGCAGUUGCUCGGCGUUGAUGGUGGCACAACAGGUGCUGAGAUGGAGGACGCACGUGGUCCGAAAGUCAGACUCAGCUGGCUUAGAGAGAUAUAUGUUCAGAGGUGUCAGUCACAGCUUUGGGACUAUGUUGCCAGAGCAUAUUUGUUGCAUCUAGUGGGAUGCACGAUUUUUGCAAAUAAGAGUGCCAGUUCUAUACACGUAUCUUACUUAUUGUUAUUUAGAGACGUACACGCGUGUGGCAGAUAUGCCUGGGGUGUUGCUGCACUCGCCCAUUUGUACGAGCAGCUCGGGGAUGUGAGUCUCGCCUCCACGAAGCAGAUGGCCGGAUAUUUGACUCUAUUUCAGAGUUGGAUAUACGAACAUUUCCCUGGCAUGGGGAGGAGGCGGUUGGUGACUUCUUACGAUGAUACCACACCACGUGCCAUGAGGUGGCAGAGCCCUAGGCAGAGUUCCACUCUCGCGGAGAUUCGGUCACAGUUGGAUACGCUGACAUACAGUGGAGUUGUAUGGCAUCCUUAUGAGGGGCAUCGGGCCAUUCGGCCAUUCUUCGGCAUCUGUAUGUAUUCUGAAUGGAUUCGGAUUGGUGACACCCUUUGUCGUCAUUUGCUUGAGCGUGUGUUGAGGACAUUUGGGUUUCAGCAAGACAUUCCACGAUCACCGUCUACGAUUCCAGAUGCAGAUAUAGUGGCCAUUGAUCAUGUUUGGUUGCACUUUAGAGCUCACGUUGUAAGUAAUGUCAGACAUGCAGCAUCCCCUUCUGACUGUGUCGAUGGGUACAUUCAAUGGUUCAGGAGGGUUUCGCAUCCUUAUAUUAUUAUUGCUACAAAUGACGCGCGACCGGCUCUUGCGCCUAGACAACGCCCCGAUGUUUCACAAGAGGCACGACCCCAUCGUAGAUCGUCUCCACCUUCACCAUCUGGCGCCCUGGCUAGAUUUAGGCGAAUGGCGAGAAUGUUACAGUCCUUGAUAUCGUGUCGUCAUGUGACCGAGGGUACUGUUGCACAUCAGGUGUCAGUGGACCUGCUUCAGAUUGCUAAUGAGGGCAUCGACGAAUAUUCCCCGACUAAGAGAGGACAAAGGCAUGUGCGUGGUAGACGGUCGACGUCUAAUUGAUAGGACUUUGUAUUUCAUUUUUUCAUUAUGUAUUAGAGGACUUUAUAUUUCC